AUGUCCGGUCCUAAAUCCCGUCUAUCUGGGCUGCUUGGUCACCUUCUUCCCUCGACACCGCAUGUCGAUCAUGAUUUUAACAAAGUCAACAACUACCAUGCCCUCUCGCCAACCUUUUUCCUCCCGCGUGCUGCGGCAAUCGAACCUGAUGCUGAAGCUAUCUACCACUUGACCGCGAACAACAAGGUCCUGCGGAGAAGCUAUAUUGAGACUGCAGACCGCGCCAGAGGUCUUGCCUACUAUCUCAAAAAGCAGAAUUUGAAGCGUGUGGGGAUUCUAGCACCGAAUACGCCUGCUUUUCUAGAAUCCAUAUUCGGCAUUGGGGCUGCUGGCUGCGUUGUCAUCGCGGUGAACUAUCGGCUGAAGCCCGAGGAUAUCAGUUAUAUCUUUGAUCACUCUGAUGCGGAGCUUAUCAUUGUCGACGAGGAGUAUGUAUCUCUUCUUGAUCUAUUCAGAAGCGAGCAUCCAGAUGUUCCACUCUUAGUCGAUACAGAUACAGAUGCAACAGAAGGUCAAUUGAGUGGCCCAUUUGAUGCUGCCAUCUUGGAAGGCCUAGAACACGACAGAAACACAGGCGCCAAGGGAUGGAAUGGGCUUGAGGGCCAGGCCGCCGAUGAGAAUUCAACCAUUGCUCUUGCCUACACAAGCGGCACCACUGCCCGUCCGAAAGGUGUAGAGUACAGCCACCGGGGCUCAUAUCUAGCCGCAAUGGGAAAUGUCAUCGAAUCAGGGCUGAAUUAUCACAAGGGCCGUUGUCGAUACCUAUGGACCUUGCCGAUGUUCCACGCAAUGGGCUGGACGUUCCCGUGGGCGAUUACCGCCGUAAGAGGUACUCAUUACUGCUUACGAAAAAUUGACUACCCCUACAUCUGGCAUCUACUGAAAAACGAACAUAUCACACAUUUUAAUGCCGCCCCAACGGUCAACACGCUUCUGUGUGCAGCCAAGGAAGCAGAAAGACUUCCAAAUCCUGUCAGAGUCACAGUUGCUGCUAGUCCGCCAUCGGCACACUUAUUUGAGCAAAUGACGAACCUCAACCUUCAUCCAGUGCAUGUCUAUGGUAUGACAGAAACAUAUGGUCCGAUCACAAAAGGUUACCACAUGCCUGCGUGGGAUACUCUCCCGGACAAGGAAAAAUAUCAGAAAAUGGCUCGUCAGGGCCACGGCUUUGUUACAAGUCUCCCAGUUCGUAUCAUCAAAACGGAUGCACCGGAAGGUACCAUCGUUGAUGUGCAACGUAAUGGCUGUGAGUUAGGAGAGAUAGUAUUUGAGGGCAACAUUUGUGCAAAAGGCUACUAUAAAGACCCGAUAGCCACAAGUAAGCUAUUUGAGGGUGGAGUUCUUCACUCAGGAGACCUCGCGGUUUGGCAUGCGGAUGGAGCUAUUCAGAUCAUGGACAGAGCCAAAGACAUUAUUAUCAGUGGAGGAGAAAACAUAUCUUCUGUAGCUUUGGAGUCGAUGUUGGUCACCCAUCCAGACAUCCUCGAGGCCGGUGUGGUCGCUGUCCCCGACUCUCAUUGGGGGGAGAGGCCCAAAGCAUUCGUCACGAUACAGCCAGGCAAGCAUAUUGAGGGAUCUGAAAUCAUAGCAUGGGCGAAGACGGCGAGUGGGAUUAGCAAAUUUAUGGUUCCUCGCGAAGUCGAGGUCGUUCCUGAACUACCAAAAACCAGCACUGGCAAGGUCAAGAAGAAUGUCCUUCGAGAAUGGGCCAAGGGAGCGAAUCGGAACAUUUAA